CUCUACCCCACAGACCUAUGCUCUCACUCGUCCGCUGUGAGGGACCGCUCUCAUUGGUUCCCUUCCCACUACCCAGCAUGCUAGUCGGUGCGCACUGAUCCGCUGCUACUGGAGGUAAUAUGGCGGCCAUCAGCAAAUACCUGACAGCUAAAAACUCUUCGAUAGCCGGUGGAGUCCUACUCGUUUUAUUCAUCCUGAAGCAAAGAAGAAGAGGGGGCAAGUCAAACGGGUAUGUUGCUGAAGAAAGUAUCAUCGAAUCUCCGUUGUACUUUAAUUGUGCGUAGCUAAACUGCCAGGGGUUCUUGUGUCACACAACUUGUGGCCAGCAAGCCAAGAAACACUGUCCCGUUUGACGGGUGUAAAGUCUGAAAGUCGGUGAGAUAUUGCAGUUGUAUAAUAUCGCAGUUAUCAAUAAGAAACAGGGGUUGAUGACUGUGCAUAUCGCAUGUUGUAGCAGUAAGUAUGUGUUAUUAUAUCUCUGUCAAUGUUAAUCUCCAUUCUCAUUAGCAAACAAUAGAGGUCUUUAAACCCCGGUGCAGCGGGAUAGUCGCAAUGAUGUGUAUUAAUCAAAUCAAAUCAAAUUUUAUUUGUCACAUGCUUAAGAACCCUGGAUUGCUAGUGUUUUGUAAUUUUAAUGAUACUUUGAUGCCACCGGCAGCCAUCUUGGUACUCCUCAGAAGGAGCAGUCCUUCCAACUAGCUGUCUUAGAUCAGAAUUAGACAUUUAUCCAUCUUUCUCACACGUCAAAUGUCUAAGUUUUUAAGGUUAAGUUUAGGCAUUAACUCAGCAUUUGUAAAGUUAGGGUUAUGUUUGGGCGUUAACUCUGAAAUCUUAAGGUUAGGCAUUAACUCUGAAUGGUUAAGGUUUGGGAUAGGCUUAAAACAAAUAUCUCAAAAACAACUUGCUAUCGCUGGUUGCAACCUUUGGAAUCAGAAGCAGAGGCAGAUGCUUACGCCCAGCCCAGCUCCGCCCUGUCCACAACGCCCCGCCCUGUCCACAACGCCCCGCCCUGUCCACAACGCCCCGCCCUGUCCACAACGCCCCGUCCUGUCCACAACGCCCCGUCCUGUCCACAACGCCCCGUCCUGUCCACAACGCCCCGUCCUGUCCACAACGCCCCGUCCUGUCCACAACGCCCCGUCCUGUCCACAACGCCCCGUCCUGUCCACAACGCCCCGUCCUGUCCACAACGCCCCGUCCUGUCCACAACGCCCCGUCCUGUCCACAACGCCCCGUCCUGUCCACAACGCCCCGUCCUGUCCACAACGCCCUAGCAAAACUGAAACCUUGUUGAAGGUAACAGAGCUCACUGUUGCCCCUAGUGGCCGGUUUCCACAAUCUCCAGACGUCCUCAGACUUGGAUGGACAUCAAAUACUGACUUGUAUGACGGGUGACCGGGCUGGUCCUCCAUAGGAAUAAAUGGAAUUCUACAGUAAUAUCAAUAAAAUGUUUUAAGGACAAAAUUACGUGUAUUUAAGUGUGUCUUUGUUGUAGUGGGGACAGUAACAUAGUACAAAAAAAAAGUACUUUGAGGAAUAUGUUUUUAUAUAUUUUUUUAAAUGUUCAGUUCACAUAAUAUAACUUUAAGUAUGCAAUAAGGUGUCUGUAAUAGAAUAUACUUGUCAAAAACGAAUGUAGAUGUUAAUAAAUGCAUUUCCAGGCUCUGUCGUAGCCGGCCGUGACCGGGAGACCCAUGGGGCGGCGCGCAAUUGGCCCAGCGUCGUCCAGGGUAGGGGAGGGAAUGGCCGGCAGGGAUGUAGCUCAGUUGAUAGAGCAUGGCGUUUGCAACGCCAGGGUUGUGGGUUCGAUUCCCACAGGGGGUAUGAAAAAAAUAAUAAUAAUGUAAGUCGCUCUGGAUAAGAGCGUCUGCUAAAUGACGUAAAUGUAAAUGUAAAUUUCUAUAAUUUCUAUAAUAAUGUUUUUUACAAUGGAGGAUGAGUACCAAAAUGGCUGUGUGGUGGUUUCAAAACAGCGCCCCCAGUCAGUCAACUAGGCUUAAUAUAUAUCAUUGGCUAAUCAGGGCUAAUAUUGCAACAAUGUUACAAAGACAUCACUGUCAGUUUUCAAAAAUGAUACAAUGUUGCUUAUUAGCAGCUUGCUGCCCCUUGAUGGAAUUUUGAAAGGUCCUUGGACUGUUUUAAGAAUAGCCAAUUUAAUUUCAAGUUAAAUGCUGUGUCAAGACUCCACGUGACCUCUUUCCAUUUAACCUACACACCCAUACACUUGAUUUAUGAUGAUAAUGAUCAAACUAAAUCAAUGUUGCCUUCGUACUGUGUUCAUUGAUGAUGUUGCAGGUGUCUACUUGAAACAUUGUAUCUGACUGUGCCAUAUAAACUUUACAGUGAAAAAAGAGGCUCAGAACUGGUGUUGAGCAAUGAAGUAAGUAUACAAGCAUACGCAUCAACAAAUGUAUAAAAUGUCCAACUACAUGCCACAUUUGUCCCCUGACACCUGCAUUGUCUCUAUUUGUGCAGGACAAAGCGGCCAAGAAAGACCGGGCGGCGGUGGACUAUGUCUUCUUCCUCAGAAUCAGCAAGAUCAUCCGGAUCAUGGUGCCUCGAUGGUUCUGCAAAGAGGUGGGCGUUGUGGUUGGGUUAUUGUUGUCACAGACAAUAUUGUCACAUAUUGAGCAAAAACAAGAUCAGAGUAGUUCCCAAUGGCAUUUUAUAAGUCCAUUAUUAUGUAGUGUGAAUAAUAUUAUUAAAAGGGAAGUUCCCCCAUUUUUUUUUUUUUUUUUAUUUUUUUAUUUUUUUACAUGUGGCCUUAUAUUUUCACUCUUUCUGUGCUUGUAGUUGAUCCCCCAAACAGUGUUUUGAUAUUUUUGGUUUGUUACAUCAAAUUGGUUGUUACAUUUUGCUGAGUAAUCACUUGCCAUUGACAAUGCAUUAUGAAAAUGUGUCUAAGCAUGUUAUAAAACGCUCAAAGACACUCCAAACCAACUCAUAUUACAUCAGAAUCUCAUUCAGGAUAAUGUCUCUGCACAAAAUGUUUUUUUUUUUUUUUUUCCCACUGUGCCAUAAAUCCAUGUUUGAAUGAUGUGUUUUACAACAACAACCAAAAUAUGGAAACAUGGAUUUAUGGGACAGUGGAUUUAGUUUUUUAACAAUUGAGCGCAGAGACAUUAUCCAGAAUGAGAUUCUGAUUUGAUAUGAGUUGGUUUGAAGUGUUUUGGAGCGCUUUAUAACAUGCUUAGACACAUUUUCAUAAUCCAUUGUAGUCAAUGACGUGAAGAGUCUCUGUAACGAAACAAAAUAUAUAUAAACUUAGGCAUGCUGCAAGGAGGCAUGAGGACUGCAGAUGUGGCCAGGGCAAUAAAUUGCAAUGUCCGUACUGUGAGACGCUUAAGACAGCGCUACAGGGAGACAGGACGGACAGCUGAUCGUCCUCACAGUGGCAGACUGUGUAACAACACCUGCACAGGAUCGGUACAUCCCAACAUCACACCUGCGGGACAGGUACAGGAUGGCAACAACAACUGCCCGAGUUACACCAGGAAUGCACAAUCACUCCAUCAGUGCUCAUACUGUCCGCAAUAGGCUGAGAGAGGCUGGACUGAGGGAUUUUAGGCCUGUUGUAAGGCAGGUCCUCACCAGACAUCACUGGCAACAACGGCGCCUAUGGGCACAAACCCACCGUCGCUGGACCAGACAGGACUGGCAAAAAGUGCUCUUCACUGACGAGUCGCGGUUUUGUCUCACCAGAGGUGAUGGUCGGAUUCGCAUUUAUCGUCGAAGGAAUGAGCGUUACACCGAGGCCUGUACUCUGGAGCGGGAUCAAUUUGGAGGUGGAGGGUCCAUCAUGGUCUGGGGCGGUGUGUCACAGCAUCAUCAGACUGAGCCUGUUGCAUUGCAGGCAAUCUCAACGCUGUGCGUUACAGGGAAGACAUCCUCCUCCCUCAUGUGGUACCCUUCCUGCAGCCUCAUCCUGACAUGACCCUCCAGCAUGACAAUGCCACCAGCCAUACUGCUCGUUCUGUGUGGGAUUUCCUGCAAGACAGGAAUGUCAGUGUUCUGCCAUGGCCAGCGAAGAGCCCGGAUCUCAAUCCCAUUGAGCACGUCUGGGACCUGUUGGAUCGGAGGGUGAGGGCUAGGGCCAUUCCCCCCAGAAAUGUCAGGGAACUUGCAGGUGCCUUGGUGGAAGAGUGGGGUAACAUCUCACAGCAAGAACUGGCAAAUCUGGUGCAGUCCAUGAGGAGGAGAUGCACUGCAGUACUUAAUGCAGCUGGUGGCCACACCAGAUACUGACUGUUACUUUUGAUUUUGACCCCCCCCCUUUUGUUCAGGGACACAUUAUUCCAUUUCUGUUAGUCACAUGUCUGUGGAACUUGUUCAGUUUGUCUCAGUUGAAUCUUGUUAAGUUUGCUGAAAAUAAACGCAGUUGACAGUGAGAGGAAGUUUAUUUUUUUGCUGAGUUUAUAUAUUUUAAACGGUUUGGGGGAUCAAGUACAAGCACCGAAAGAGUGAAAAUAAGGCCACAUGUAAAAAUGGGUGAACUUCCUAGGCCGAUAAGUUGUGUUCUGUAGGGCCACAUGAUAAGCAUUGAACCUUGAAGUAAGUAGUCUCUGUGGUAAUCGGCGAUGGCCUUGUCUUGCACAGAUAGAUCCAUGCUCCUUCAUUGCGUCACUUUUACGCCACAACUUAUCUCUUACUCUGUGCACGUGUCCCUCAACAGACAGUCAUUAAGUGUGAUCAUUAACAAAGGUUGUUCGAGCUGACAUGUUCUACAAUAUUGCCUUUAGCUUGUGUGUUCUAGAACAACACCUAAGAAGGCCAAACAUAGACCUGGAAUACUGACCAGUUUGUUUGAUAAGCCAAGGUCUGUUGGGUGUAUCAGAGUUUAUCCUCUACUGAAUGAACUCUAAAAUGACAAAGACCUGUUGUUAGUUAAGGACAGGUCUAUUCUACCAGUCAUGUUGUUAGUUAAGGACAGGUCUAUUCUACCAGUCAUGUUGUUAGUUAAGGACAGGUCUAUUCUACCAGUCAUGUUGUUAGUUAAGGACAGGUCUAUUCUACCAGUCAUGUUGUUAGUUAAGGACAGGUCUAUUCUACCAGUCAUGUUGUUAGUUAAGGACAGGUCUAUUCUACCAGUCAUGUUGUUAGUUAAGGACAGGUCUAUUCUACCAGUCAUGUUGUUAGUUAAGGACAGGUCUAUUCUACCAGUCAUGUUGUUAGUUAAGGACAGGUCUAUUCUACCGGUCAUGUUGUUAGUUAAGGACAGGUCUAUUCUACCGGUCAUGUUGUUAGUUAAGGACAGGUCUAUUCUACCAGUCAUGUUGUUAGUUAAGGACAGGUCUAUUCUAUAUUUGAACUUCCCUGUAUUAUCAUUCAUCUAGUUUGCUCAAAUGAUUUACAAUACAACUUGAUGUUGAUUUGCUUAAGAACUGUCCAUUGCAUUGUUUAAUCUGUGUAUUUCAUUGUAUGGAUUUGCUCAUCUGGUGUUGUCUGUUCCCUACCUGUCCUGCACCACUUCUCUAUUCCCUCCAUUGUUGUCACAGACAGGAUACCUUCUCCUCAUAGCUGCUAUGCUGGUGGCCAGGACAUACUGUGAUGUAUGGAUGAUCCAGAACGGAACAAUGAUUGAAAGGUCAGAAUCACUGCGAUUAGAAUACAGUGUUCUAAUUCUAUGGUUAGAAUCACUGCGAUUAGAAUACAGUGUUCUAAUUCUAUGGUUAGAAUCACUGCGAUUAUGGUUAGAAUCACUGCGAUAGAAACAGUGUCAAUUCUAUGGUUAGAAUCAUGAUUAGAAUACAGUGUUCCAAUCUAUGGUGAAUCACGCGAUAGAAUACAGUGUUUAAUUCUAUGGUUAGAAUCACUGCGUUAGAACAUGUCUUCAAUUCAUGGUUAGAAUCACUGCAUUAGAACAUGUGUAAUAGGUGAUCACUGCGAUUAAAUAGUGUUCAAUUCUAUGGUUAGAAUCACUGCAUAGAAACUGUUAAUUCUAUGGUUGAAUCACUGCGAUUAGAUACAGUGUUCUAAUCUGGUUGAAUCAUGCGUUAGAAUACAUGUUCUAAUCUCUAUGGUUAGAACUGCGUAGAACAGUGUCUAAUUCUAUGGUUGAAACUGCUUGCCAUGAGAGUUGUGAUUCUCUAUAGUCUAGAUGACAGUGAGUUGGUGGUGCGUUGAAGGCGAUUAAAAUAUUAUGGGCCGGUUCCCCAUACACAGAUUCAGCCUAAUACUGGACUAAGACGCAUGUUCAAUGGAGAUAAUCAUUUUUAAAGUGCUCUUUAGUCCAGGACGAGGCUUAUUCUGGCUCUGGGAAACCAGCCCCAUAUCAUAUGUAUUUUCCUGCGCAGGAACUGAUUGCUGUCUUUCAAUCUCCCACAGUGGUAUCAUUAGCAGAGAUAUCAAUCUGUUCAAGAAGCACUUUUAUUCCUACAUUGCUGUCAUACCUGGGGUAACUCUCCUCCACGUGGGUUUUUUUCACAGAACUCAAACCUAUAAAACCAAUAACUUGUUUUUAAUGUUUCUGAUCGUUUAACAUGGUACAUGACUAGGCUCUUCAGGUCAUAACACUUACCCACUAUGGCUAAUUGUGAUUGGUUAUUCCAAUGCCAAUGAAUCUACUACAGUAUAAUCAGAAAUCUCUCGUGUCAGAGCUCCUCUGCUUCCAUACAUCUCAUAGUCAAUACAGCAACACACUAGCUAGGCUGUAAAGGGGAAUGAUCAAAGUCCUCUAUCUAAAUGUGUUUGGUUGUUACUUUCUUCCUACUGUCCAUGACUGCUAGCCUGGUCACCUGCUAUGGAUGUGCUUGAGUUGGUGGUUUUUCCUUUCCAAUUACUAUGACCGUCAUGGCAGGGGAAUUGGCUGAAGCAUAAACAGAUCUGACUGAGGCCAGAACCUAGUCACUGCCAUUACAGGUGAAAUUCAUUCAUCUGCCAAUAUCUUGUCUAUCUGUGUGUUCCGUUCACUGACCAAGUUGCUUCGUUCUUGUGCAUGUUUUGGUUUGCAGUGCAAUUAUCGGUCGCUCCAACACAGACUUCAAGAACUACUUGUUCAACUUUUGCAAAGUCAUGCCACUUGUAAGUGUGUUUUUGGUAUUUCAUUGCAUCCAAUAUUGACUCGAUUAUAGAUGUCCGUUGAUCUAUUUGACUCUGAUAUAUUUUUUUGUACCUUUUUAUUUAAAAAAAAAAAAAUAUAUAUAUAUAUAUAUAUAUAUAUAUAUAUAUAUAUAUAUAUGAUAUAAAUGUCAUAUGACAGUAGUUGGUUAGUUGUACAGCGAAGACUCCUGUAGACUUCCUAAUUUUCUCUUUUGGUGUAAAUUCUCAGAGGAGACCUGAUAUUAUUAACAUGAUAAUAUUAUUAUUAUUAAUCUCCCUCUAUACUGUAGCUUAUCACUUCCCAAUAUAAUGGAGUAAUAACUACAUCUCACCUACUGCACUGGCUACUGCACUGGCUACUGCACUGUCUACUGCACAAUAGCCAUUUACAACAUUAACAAUGUCUACACUGUAUUUCUGAUCAAUUUGAUCUUAUUUUUAAUGGACAAAAAAUUUCGAAAACAAGGACAUUUCUAAGUGACCCCAAACUUUUGAACGGUAGUGUACAUUCUGUAAAAAUGUAUCUUAUCCUCUAGACAACUGGUAUUUAAUUACUGCAUGCUUAGUAUUCAACCGUCCCUCUGCCCAUGGAUUGAACACAUCCAGAUUUCAUCACAUGCGUACUGUGUUUGGAGAGUAGGCUAAGCAGUAGGUUGUGUUUUGAUUUAAGAGCUGAUGGUAAAGUGCACGUUUUGUGACUGACAGAUUGCAUUGGUGAAUAACUUCCUGAAGCUGGGUCUGAAUGAGCUGAAGCUGAGGUUCAGAGUUCGGCUAACCAAACACCUCUACGACGAGUACCUCAAGUAAGCACUGUUUACUUUCUACUGCACUGUCUACUGUCUACUCUACUGUCUACUUUCUACUCCACUGUCUACUCUACUGUCUACUGCACUGUCUACUGCACUGUCUACUGCACUGUCUACUGCACUGUCUACUGCACUGUCUACUGCACUGUCUACUGCAACUGGCUAAUUUUGCACUGUCUACUGCACUGUCUACUGUCUACUGCACUGUCUACUGCACUGUUACUGCACUGUCUACUGCACUGCCUACUGCAACUGUCACUGCACUGUCUACUGCACUGUCUACUGCACUGUCUACUGUCUACUGUCACUGCCUGUCUACUGCACUGUCUACUGCCACUGUCUACUGCACUGUCUACUGCACUGUCUACUGCACUGUCUACUGUCUACUGCACUGUCUACUGCACUGUCUACUGCACUGUCUACUGUCUACUGCACUGUCUACUGCACUGUCUACUGCACUGUCUACUGUCUACUGCACUGUCUACUGCACUGUCACUGCACUGUUACUGUCUACUGCACUGUCUACUGCACUGUCUACUGUCUACUGUCUACUGCACUGUCUACUGCACUGUCUACUGCACUGUCUACUGCACUGUCUACUGCACUGUCUACUGCACUGUCUACUGCACUGUCUACUGCACUGUCUACUGCACUGCCUACUGCACUGUCUACUGCACUGCCUACUGCACUGUCUACUGCACUGUCUACUGCACUGCCUACUGCACUGUCUACUGCACUGUCUACUGCACUGCCUACUGCACUGUCUACUGCACUGCCUACUGCACUGUCUACUGCACUGCCUACUGCACUGUCUACUGCACUGUCUACUGUCUACUGUCUACUGCACUGUCUACUGUCUACUGCACUGUCUACUGCACUGUCUACUGCACUGUCUACUGUCUACUGCACUGUCUACUGCACUGUCUACUGUCUACUGUCUACUGCACUGUCUACUGUCUACUGUCUACUGUCUACUGUCUACUGCACUGUCUACUGUCUACUGCACUGUCUACUGCACUGUCUACUGCACUGUCUACUGUCUACUGCACUGUCUACUGCACUGUCUACUGUCUACUGUCUACUGCACUGUCUACUGCACUGUCUACUGCACUGUCUACUGCACUGUCUACUGCACUGUCUACUGCACUGUCUACUGCACUGUCUACUGUCUACUGCACUGUCUACUGCACUGUCUAGCUGUCUACUGCUACUGUCUACUGCACUGUCUACUGCACUGUCUACUGCACUGUCUACUGCACUGUCCUACUGCACUGUCUACUGCACUGUCUACUGCACUGUCUACUGCAACUGCCUACUGCACUGUCUACUGCACUGCCUACUGCACUCUACUGCACUGCCCUGCUACUGCACUGUCUACUGCACUGUCUACUGCACUGCCUACUGCACUGCCUACUGCACUGUCUACUGCACUGUCUACUGCACUGCCUACUGCACUGUCUACUGCACUGUCUACUGCACUGUCUACUGCACUGUCUACUGCACUGUCUACUGCACUGUCUACUGCACUGUCUACUGCACUGUCUACUGCACUGUCUACUGCACUGUCUACUGUCUACUGCACUGCCUACUGCACUGUCUACUGUCUACUGCACUGUCUACUGCACUGUCUACUGCACUGUCUACUGCACUGUCUACUGUCUACUGCACUACCUACUGCACUGUCUACUGUCUACUGCACUACCUACGCACUUCUACUGCACUGUCUACGCACUGUCUACUGCACUGUCUACUGCACUGCCUAUGCACUGUCUACUGGUCUACUCUACUGUCUACUUCUACUCUACUGUCUACUUCUACUCUACUGUCUACUUUCUACUCUACUGUCUACUUUCUACUCUACUGUCUACUGCACUGUCUAACUGUCUACCUACUUUCUACUCUACUGUCUACUUUCUACUCUACUGUCUACUUUCUACUCUACUGUCUACUGCACUGUCUACUUUCUACUCUACUGUCUACUUUCUACUCUACUGUCUACUUUCUACUCUACUGUCUACUUUCUACUCUACUGUCUACUGCACUGUCUACUGCACUGUCUACUGCACUGUCUACUUUCUACUCUACUGUCUACUUUCUACUCUACUGUCUACUUUCUACUCUACUGUCUACUUUCUACUCUACUGUCUACUUUCUACUCUACUGUCUACUUUCUACUCUACUGUCUACUGUCUACUCUACUGUCUACUUUCUACUCUACUGUCUACUUUCUACUCUACUGUCUACUUUCUACUCUACUGUCUACUUUCUACUCUACUGUCUACUUUCUACUCUACUGUCUACUUUCUACUCUACUGUCUACUGCACUGUCUACAGCACUGUCUACUGCACUGUCUACUUUCUACUCUACUGUCUACUUUCUACUCUACUGUCUACUUUCUACUCUACUGUCUACUUUCUACUCUACUGUCUACUGCACUGUCUACAGCACGUCUACUGCACUGUCUACUUUCUACUCUACUGUCUACUUUCUACUCUACUGUCUACUUUCUACUCUACCUGUCUACUUCUACUCUACUGUCAUACUUUCUACUUCUACUGUCUACUGCACUGUCUACUGCACUGGUCUACUGCACUGUCUACUUUCUACUCUACUGUCUACUUUCUACUCUACUGUCUACUUUCUACUCUACUGUCUACUCUACUGGUCUACGUUCUACUCUACUGUCUACUUUCUACUCUACUGUCUACUCUACUGUCUACUUUCUACUCUACUGUCUACUUUCUACUCUACUGUCUACUCUACUGUCUACUUUCUACUCUACUGUCCCUACUGUUACUGCACUGCUUGUCUACUGUCUACUGUCUACUGCACUGCUACUUCUACUCUACUGUCUACUUGCGACUACGUCCUACUUUCUACUCUACUGUCUACUUUCUACUCUACUGUCUACUUUCUACUCUACUGUCUACUUUUCUACUCUACUGUCUACUUUCACUCUACUGUCUACUGUCUACUGUCUACUGUCUACUGUCUACUGUCUACUCUAACUUUCUACUCUACUGUCUACUUUCUACUCUAACUGUCUACUGUCUACUGUCUACUUUCUACUCUACUGUCUACUUUCUACUCUACUGUCCUACUCUACUGUCUACUGUCUACUCUACUUUCUACUCUACUGUCUACUUUCUACUCUACUGUCUACUGCACUGUCUACUGCACUGUCUACUUUCUACUCUACUGUCUACUGCACUGUCUACUGCACUGUCUACUUUCUACUCUACUGUCUACUCUACUGUCUACUGUCUACUCUACUUUCUACUCUACUGUCUACUUUCUACUCUACUGUCUACUUUCUACUCUACUGUCUACUCUACUGUCUACUUUCUACUCUACUGUCUACUCUACUGUCUACUGUCUACUCCUGCUACUUUCUACUCUACUGUCUACUUUCUACUCUACUGUCUACUCUACUGUCUACUGUCUACUUUCUACUCUACUGUCUACUGUCUACUGUCCUACUUUCUACUCUACUGUCUACUUCUACUCUACUGUCUACUGUCUACUGCACUGUCUACUGCAACUGUCUACUGCACUGUCUACUUCUACUCUACUGUCUAACUUUCUACUCUACUGUCUACUUUCUACUCUACUGUCUACUUUCUACUCUACUGUCUACUUUCUACUCUACUGUCUACUUUCUACUCUACUGUCUACUGUCUACUCUACUGUCUACUUUCUACUCUACUGUCUACUGCACUGUCUACUUUCUACUCUACUGUCUACUUUCUACUCUACUGUCUACUUUCUACUCUACUGUCUACUUUCUACUCUACUGUCUACUUUCUACUCUACUGUCUACUUUCUACUCUACUGUCUACUUUCUACUCUACUGUCUACUGCACUGUCUACAGCACUGUCUACUGCUCUGUCUACUUUCUACUCUACUGUCUACUUUCUACUCUACUGUCUACUUUCUACUCUACUGUCUACUUUCUACUCUACUGUCUACUGCACUGUCUACUGCACUGUCUACUGCCACUGUCUACUUUCUACUCUACUGUCUACUUUCUACUCUACUGUCUACUUUCUACUCUACUGUCUACUCUACUGUCUACUUUCUACUCUACUGUCCUACUUUCUACUCUACUGUCUACUCUACUGUCUACUUUCUACUCUACUGUCUACUCUACUGUCUACUUUCUACUCUACUGUCUACUGUCUACUGUCUACUGCACUGUCUACUGUCUACUGUCUACUGUCUACUGCACUGUCUACUUUCUACUCUACUGUCUACUUUCUACUCUACUGUCUACUUUCUACUCUACUGUCUACUUUCUACUCUACUGUCUACUUUCUACUCUACUGUCUACUUUCUACUCUACUGUCUACUUUCUACUCUACUGUCUACUGUCUACUGUCUACUGUCUACUCUACUUUCUACUCUACUGUCUACUUUCUACUCUACUGUCUACUGUCUACUGUCUACUUUCUACUCUACUGUCUACUUUCUACUCUACUGUCUACUCUACUGUCUACUGUCUACUCUACUUUCUACUCUACUGUCUACUGCACUGUCUACUGCACUGUCUACUGCACUGUCUACUUUCUACUCUACUGUCUACUUUCUACUCUACUGUCUACUCUACUGUCUACUUUCUACUCUACUGUCUACUGUCUACUGUCUACUGCACUGUCUACUGUCUACUGUCUACUGUCUACUGCACUGUCUACUUUCUACUCUACUGUCUACUUUCUACUCUACUGUCUACUUUCUACUCUACUGUCUACUUUCUACUCUACUGUCUACUUUCUACUCUACUGUCUACUUUCUACUCUACUGUCUACUUUCUACUCUACUGUCUACUGUCUACUGUCUACUGUCUACUCUACUUUCUACUCUACUGUCUACUUUCUACUCUACUGUCUACUGUCUACUGUCUACUUUCUACUCUACUGUCUACUCUACUGUCUACUGUCUACUCUACUUUCUACUCUACUGUCUACUUUCUACUCUACUGUCUACUGCACUGUCUACUGCACUGUCUACUUUCUACUCUACUGUCUACUCUACUGUCUACUGUCUACUCUACUUUCUACUCUACUGUCUACUUUCUACUCUACUGUCUACUUUCUACUCUACUGUCUACUUUCUACUCUACUGUCUACUCUACUGUCUACUUUCUACUCUACUGUCUACUCUACUGUCUACUGUCUACUGUCUACUUUCUACUCUACUGUCUACUUUCUACUCUACUGUCUACUCUACUGUCUACUGUCUACUUUCUACUCUACUGUCUACUGUCUACUGUCUACUUUCUACUCUACUGUCUACUUUCUACUCUACUGUCUACUGUCUACUGCACUGUCUACUGCACUGUCUACUGCACUGUCUACUUUCUACUCUACUGUCUACUUUCUACUCUACUGUCUACUGUCUACUGCACUGUCUACUGCACUGUCUACUGCACUGUCUACUUUCUACUCUACUGUCUACUUUCUACUCUACUGUCUACUUUCUACUCUACUGUCUACUGCACUGCCUACUCUGUAUUGUCUGCCACCUACUGCACUGGCUACCGUCUAAUGUACCGUCUACUGCCUCUCUUCUCAUAACCUUCAUGUCAGGCUUUUUCAUGUACAUUACAAUAGUCAAUCUACUGUACAUUCCAAUAGUCUAUCUACUGUACAUUCCAAUAGUCAAUCUACUGUACAUUCCAAUAGUCAAUCUACUGUUCAUUACAAUAGUCAAUCUACUCUACAUUCCAAUAGUCAAUCUACUCUACAUUCCAAUAGUCUAUCUACUGUACAUUCCAAUAGUCAAUCUACUGUACAUUCCAAUAGUCAAUCUACUGUACAUUCCAAUAGUCAAUCUACUCUACAUUCCAAUAGUCUAUCUACUGUACAUUCCAAUAGUCUAUCUACUGUACUUCCAAUGUCAUCCUGUACAUUCCAAUAGUCAAUCUACUGUACAUUCCAAUAGUCAAUCUACUGUACAUUCCAAUAGUCAAUCUACUGUACAUUCCAAUAGUCAAUCUACUGUACAUUCCAAUAGUCAAUCUACUGUACAUUCCAAUAGUCUAAUCUACUGUACAUUCCAAUAGUCUAUCUACUGUACAUUCCAGAGUCUACUUGUACAUCCAAUAGUCUAUCUACUGACAUUCCAAUGUCAUUAUAUGGCAUUCCAUAGUCAGUACUGUCUUUAAUAGUCAUCACUCUACAUUCUAAUGUCCAAUAUACGUGCCUUCAAUAGUCAUAUUAUGUGCAUCCCAAUAGUCAAUCAAAUGUACAUGAAUAGUAAAUCUAUGUACACUGCAUAAUAAUUCUGUACAUUGAAUAGUCAAUCUACUGUACAUUCCAAUAGUCAAUCUACUGUACAUUCCAAUAGUCAAUCUACUGUACAUUCCAAUAGUCAAUCUACUGUACAUUCCAAUAGUCAAUCUACUGUACAUUCCAAUAGUCAAUCUACUGUACAUUCUAAUAGUCAAUCUACUGUACAUUCUAAUAGUCAAUCUACUGUACAUUCCAAUAGUCAAUCUACUGUACAUUCCAAUAGUCAAUCUACUGUACAUUCCAAUAGUCUAUCUACUGUACAUUCCAAUAGUCAAUCUACUGUACAUUCCAAUAGUCAAUCUACUCUACAUUCCAAUAGUCUAUCUACUGUACAUUCCAAUAGUCUAUCUACUGUACAUUCCAAUAGUCAAUCUACUGUACAUUCCAAUAGUCAUUAUUAUGUGCAUUCCAAUAGUCAAUGUACUGUACAUUUAAUAGUCUAAUCUACUACAUUUCAAUAAAUCAAUAUACUGUACAUUCAAUAGUCAAUUUAUGUGCAUUCCAAUAGUCAAUCAAAUGUACACUGAAUGUAAAUACUGUACACUGAAUAGUCAAUCUACUGUACAUUGAAUAGUCAAUCUACUGUACAUUCCAAUAGUCAAUCUACUGUACAUUCCAAUAGUCAAUCUACUGUACAUUCCAAUAGUCAAUCUACUGUACAUUCCAAUAGUCAACCUACUGUACAUUCCAAUAGUCAAUCUACUGUACAUUAAUAGUUUAAUCUAUGUAAUUCUAAUAGUCAAUCUACUGUACAUUCAAUAGUCAAUCUACUUGUACAUUCCAAUAGUCAAUCUACUGUACAUUCCAAUAGUCAAUCUACUGUACAUUCCAAUAGUCAAUCUACUGUACAUUCCAAUAGUCAAUCUACUGUACAUUCCAAUAGUCAAUCUACUGUACAUUCCAAUAGUCAAUCUACUGUACAUUCCAAUAGUCAAUCUACUGUACAUUCCAAUAGUCAAUCUACUGUACAUUGAAUAGUCAAUCUACUGUACAUUCCAAUAGUCAAUCUACUGUACAUUCGAAUAGUCAAUCUACUCUACAUUCUAAUAGUCAAUAUACUGUGCCUUUCAAUAGUCAAUAUUAUGUGCAUUCCAAUAGUCAAUCAAAUGUACACUGAAUAGUAAAUCUACUGUACACUGAAUAAUAAAUCUACUGUACAUUGAAUAGUCAAUCUACUGUACAUCUCCAAUAGUCAAUCUACUGUACAUUCCAAUAGUCAUCUAUGUACAUUCCAAUAGUCAAUCUACUGUACAUUCCAAUAGCAAUCUACUGUAAUCCAAUAGUCAAUCUACUGUCCCUCUAAUAGUCAACCUACUGUACAUUCUAAUAGUCAAUUACUGUACAUCUAAUAGUCAAUCUACUGUACAUUCCAAUAGCCCAAUCUCCCUGUAAUCCAAUAGUAAAUCUACUGUACAUUCCAAUAGUCAAUCUACUGUACAUUCCAAUAGUCAAUCUAUGUAACAUUCCAAAUAGUCAAUCUACUUACUUUUCCCAAUAGUCAAUCUAUGUACAUGAAAUAGUCAAUCUUGUAAUUCCAAUAGUCAAUUAUGUACAUUCGAAUAGUCAAUCUACUUUUACAUUCCAAUAGUAAAUCAAACUGUACAUUCCAAUAGUCAAUCUAUUUCUACAUUCCAAUAGUCAAUCUGUCCCACCGAAUAGUCAAUCUACUGUACACCGAAUAGUCAAUCUACUGUACACUGAAUAGUCAAUCUACUGUACACCGAAUAGUCAAUCUACUGUACACCGAAUAGUCAAAUCUACUGUCCCUUCAAUAGUCAAUCUACGUCUGUAAUAAACUCCCUCAACAUGUCUGCCAUCCCCAGAGGAUACACGUACUAUAAAAUGGGCAACCUGGAUAACCGCAUCGCUAACGCCGACCAGCUGCUGACUCAGGACGUGGAGAGGUUCUGUAACAGCGUGGUGGACCUCUACUCCAAUCUCAGCAAGGUACAGUAGAGCGCUCCUAAACCAUCGUGUUUACUGCUGUUUGAAGACCAAAGUAUACCUUCUCGUCUAUACCUUCUUGUGUGUGUGUGGUUCCAAGGUGUCCGGUACCAAUUUGUAUAGUUGUUGUAGUACACCUUAGUCUAACAUUAACUUUAUGUGUAAAUGAUACUAUUGCUGAAAGCUGCUAUUCACCAGGUAGGCCUACAUAGUGUCAAAUGUAAACAAUGUACUGCAUAUCCCCUUUAGCCUCUCUUGGACAUUGGACUGUACAUCUUCAAGCUGACGUCUGCCAUCGGCGCCCAGGUGAAUAUAAACUCAGAUUCCCAGAAGCAACCAAUGGAUUCCAUUCAAGUUUUAGAAUGUACUGAAAUACAAAUAUAUUUCAAGUAUAGAAUGUACUGGCAUUAACUUGGAUGGGAUGUCACCGUUUCCCCUCAGGGCCCAGCGAGUAUGAUGGCCUACCUGCUGAUCUCAGGCCUGUUCCUGACCAGACUGCGGAGGCCCAUCGGUAAGAUGACGGUGACCGAGCAGCGGUACGAGGGAGAGUACCGAUACGUCAACUCACGACUCAUCACCAACAGGUAAAGACUCACGACUCAUCACCAACAGGUGAAGGCCUGGAUCUGACUUUAUCAUGGGUUGGCAAUACAGUGCUUUUUGAUUUGAGUAUAUCAUGGGUUGGCAAUACAGUGCUUUUUGAUCUGAGUAUAUCAUGGGUUGGCAAUACUGUGCUUUUUGAUUUGAGUAUAUCAUGGGUUGGCAAUACUGUGCUUUUUUUAUUUGAAGGAAAACUUGUUAAAUCACCUCUGUCAUAGAGUGAGUUCUUAAAAAAAAUAAAGAGAACUAAAUGAUGUUAAACAUGUAAUGUUUUGUCUCAGUGAGGAGAUUGCCUUCUACAACGGGAACAUGAGAGAGAAACAGACGAUUCACUCAACAUUUAAGAAACUGGUAAGUACCGUUUAGUCGUGUGUGUCAGUCCGAGGUAUAUUAAAGAUCUCUAUGUUCACUUCCAUCUCAACGGACAAACUGCUGAUUGUGAGUUUGAAAGUGUUUAAUAAUACUGUGAUACCUUCUGUCUUCUAAGGUCGACCAUUUGCACAAGUUCAUCUUCUUCCGCUUCUCCAUGGGCUUCGUGGACAGCCUGAUCGCCAAGUGUAAGAUCUAAUGUUUUAACCCUACACAUUAAUAUGAUGAUGUCCUCAGUUACGUAGCCAGAGAUCUGAUGCCAGAGAGCGAUCUGGAAAUGGCAGUUGGUUUCUGAACUUCUCCAACUUGCCGCUGUCCAGCCGCCACAUUUUAUAGUUGAUUGGCCAGGCGACAAAAUUAAUAUUGUUCAAUGCAUGAUCUCCAUGCUAACCCAGGUCUCGGGUCUCUUCCUCCCUCAGACAUAGCCACUGUGGUGGGCUACCUGGUGGUGAGUCGGCCCUUCCUCAACCUGGCCGACCCCCGCCACAUGAACAGCAGCCCAACCUGAGCUGUUGGAGGACUACUACCAGAGUGGCAGGAUGCUGCUGAGAAUGUCCCAGGCUCUGGGAAGGAUCGUACUGGCUGGGCGAGAGAUGACCAGGCUCUCUGGGUGAGACUUCACUCUUCCCAAAACACUCCGAUCACGUAUUCAAUUGAAUUGAUUCAAUUCCAUUAUAAUUCCAAAGUAGUAGCCUACUCCAGCCAGAGACCAUCCCGUAAAUCCCGUCUUGCCGUGACUUCACUUUGCUCUGCCGUCAGUGCUCUCCAUGCUUUCUCUCCCUAGUGCUUUGGGUAGGAGGUCUUCUGAGCUAGGCCGGUCUCCCUUCUUCUCUAGGUUCACCAUGCGUAUCACUGAGCUCAUGAAGGUCCUGAAGGAACUGAACUCUGGGAAGUACGAGCGCACCAUGGUGUCUCAUCAGGACAAGGAAUCAGAAGCUGUAGAAAGAGUCCCGCUGGUCCCGGGCAGCGGACGGAUCAUCAACGUAGACCACAUCAUCAAGUAUGUGUGACAAAGCCUCAGUGCAUUUCUGUACAUAAUAUUGGCUGCAUAAAAUCUCCUUUAAAUAUGUUUACCUCACCGAAGUUGUCCACGGCCAAUAGGUUUCCUGAGGUCUGAGGAUGAAUGGUCAGUAAGAAUGUCUUGGUGUUGCAGGUUUGAACACACACCACUAGCAACACCCAACGGAGAUGUCCUGAUCAAGGACCUGAGCUUUGAAGUAGGCAUCACUUUCUUUCCUUUAAUGUCUUUUAUUUAACUUUUUCUUUAUCCUGGUUAGUCUCACUGAGAUAACAUCCAUUUAGCUAGAUACACCUGUGUGUUAUCAGAUCGUUAAAGCUACCAUGAAUGUGGAGUCCCUCUCUAAUGAAUGUGUGCAACUAGUUUAGUCAUUCAGUCAGUUUGACAUAAAGUACAUUCGUAUUUUAAAGUCGGGACUGUUCAAACCACUUUGAUUUUAAUGAGUGAUAUUGAAGCAUUGUUGACGUUCCAAAGUUCGAAGGGCCACGUUGGAUGUUACAAUGUUAUUCUCUCUCUCGCUCUCCUUUCGUUCUUUCUUUCUUUCUUUCUUUCUCCCCCCCCCCUCCCCAGGUGAGGUCUGGUACCAACGUGUUAGUGUGUGGGCCCAAUGGCUGUGGCAAGAGUUCACUCUUCAGAGUACUGGGAGAGGUGAAGAAUGUUCCGUUUUAUGUUACAUUUAUAUUGAUAUGACUGUGCCUGUGGGAAUGAAAGUACUGCAACAAAGUCUAACAUUUUGGUUGAAGUAACCUAACAGAGUAGGCCCUCGAGGUAACGUCAUGUGUCUCUCCAUAGCUGUGGCCCCUGUUUGGAGGACAGCUGACCAAGCCUGAGAGAGGGAAGCUCUUCUACGUUCCUCAGGUAACUAAAUGGACACCUUUGAGUAUUUUAUAUUACCAAUUAGGGAUGUAACGUAUUCGUACCGAACCGUUCGGUACGGAACCUCAGUUUGGUCCGCACUGUAAACCCGAAUGCAUUGUAGGCCUAUGCCUCUUGAGUAAAACGUAGCUGAAAAAAAACAUUUCAAGCUUUUCCGUUUAAACAACUACACCAUAUGUGCACAUUAUCAAAAUUCUAAUCUUUCAUUGGCACAUUUCAAACUGCCCUUUUGUGAGGCGCGCAGCCGGGAAGUAGUUCCGUACGAUGGCGAGUGGUGGGGUCGAUAAACCAGAAUUGGAGGAUCCUCCAUCUUCGUUUUUUAAAUGUCCAGUUUAGAAACAUGUUGGCUUCCCAGAUUACAACGGCGAUGGACAGAGUUGUGAAAUAGCCACGCUCAACAAGAAUAGCCUCUGCAGCCGCCAACAACCACAAAUAUGUUGACACAUUUACGCAGACAUCAUCCCAGUAUACCGGAGCGAGACGGAAACACAAAGAAACAACAACACAACAUCGUCUCCCCUCUGCGUUCAGGCAGCCCUUGGCAGCUAAUUCUGACCGGGCCAAAGAAAUUCCAAGAGCGAUAGCGGUAGGCUAGUUUUAUAUUUCUUUGGUUUUUAUAGCCGUGGAAAGGCGCCCAUUUUCGGUGGUUGAGAAUACGGGGUUUCAGCACCUCGUGCAAGAGCUCGAGCGAUGUUGUACUCCUGAGUGGCGCAGUGGUCUAAGGCACUGCAUCGCAGUGCUAACUGUGCCACUAGAGAUCCUGGUUCGAAUCCAGGCUCUGUCGCAGCCGGCCGCGACCGGGAGACUCAUGGGGCGGCGCACAAUUGGCCCAGCGUCGUCCAGGGUAGGGGAGGGAAUGGCCGGCAGGGAUGUAGCUCAGUUGAUAGAGCAUGGUGUUUGCAACGCCAGGGUUGUGGGUUCGAUUCCCACGGGGGGGCCAGUAUAAAAAAAUAUGUAUUCACUAACUGUAAGUCGCUCUGGAUAAGAGCGUCUGCUAAAUGACUAAAAUGUCAAUGUUACCAAAGUCCCUCUUGCACCCAUUUCAAGUAAACGGGUAAUACCCGCUCUAUAUAAGCAGGCCAAAGCCAAAAUGUUCAAUGAAUUGGCCCAAUGCACCCCGUGUUGCGCUUACUUAACAGUGACAGCCCGUCACAUUACCCCAGAGUGGGAGAUGUACCGCGCUACAGACACGCCCCCCAUUAUGAGAGUCACAUCUGUUCAUAACCACGAUAGAAGUGGGAAUUUACCACGUGCGACUGGGGGAAAAUCCACUUGAACGGCCCUCCAACUGGUAAUUACUAGUGGGAAACGGACUAUGAUCCAGAUAAUGCACUUCUCCCACAUGGUGACCUCUGACCCUACUAAGGAAAUGGCCUUUAUAACAGCAUUUUUCGGCAGUUAAAUGCAACAACACAAUAUUUAUAAAAAGCAAUCUAUUCAUAUGUUUUUUUUAACUCUAUAAUUAGUUUACAAGCAUGAUAGCCGUACUUUUAGUUUAUGGUGACACAGCUUGUUGGCCAUUAGUCAAUCGGCGUUUCUCAACGAGUUCAAAUCACAUGAAUGCAUCCAACUGGUAUUUACGACUUCACAACUGGUCAAUUCCCACAUGGUUGCAAACGCAGCAUCAGAGUGUGAACUUGAGAAGCCCAACAAAUGAAACCUGUCAAAACAGACGAUGCAAGGAACAUUGUGAACGCCGAACAUCGUGAAUGGCAUUUAAUUUUCCCCGCUGUACCGAAGCCGAACCGUGAACCCAAAAACGCAAUACGUGCCGAACUGUGGGUUUGGUGAACCGUUACACCCCAUUACAUGUUCUAUUCCAUGUUUUGGCUAAUUGUCAGCCAUAUCGGCUCUACUGUAAGUCUGUUACAUCUCAUUGUAGAGACCCUCCAUGACCCCUGACCUCUUCCAUCUUAUUGUACAAGACCCUACAUGACCUUUUGACCUAUUGAAUCCUAUUGUAGCGACCGUACAUGACCCUUGGCACGCUGAGGGAUCAGGUGAUCUACCCCGACACCUAUGAGGAGCAGAAGAGGAAAGGCAUCACUGACCAGGUGCUGAAGGAGUACCUGGACAACGUCCAGCUGGGUCACAUCCUGGACAGAGAGGGGACCUGGGACACCGUGCAGGACUGGAUGGACGUCCUCAGUGGAGGAGAGAAGCAGAGGAUGGCGGUAAGAGAGGAAUACUUCUUCCUGAAUGGAAUAUUUUUCUUUUUGUUUGUUUUUUUACAAUCAAAAUGGUUUCUCAUACCUCAUUGGAGAUACAUUUUCCAUCCAUUAGUUCACACACUCAUAUCAUCACGUUAUCACAGAGUGAAACCCAUACUGGCCUUCUAAAUAGUAGGCAUUUAGGGUAUAUGAAAAUAGAACGUUUUAUAGUAUGUGAAAUUUCAAAAAUGUAGUAUGCUUUAAAUGUCAGGAUGAGCCUAGUAUAUGUUGCUUAUUAGACUAAACUAACUAGUAUGUAGUACUGAGUAUGUACACUGAACAAAAAUAUAAACGCAGCAUGUAAAGUGUUGGUCCCAUGAUUCAUGAGCUGAAAUUAAAGAUCCCAGAGAUUUUCCAUACGCACAAAAUGCGUAUUUUUCAUAAUUGUUUGGCACAGAUUUGUUUACAUCCCUGUUAGUGAGUACUUCUCCUUUGCCAAGAUAAUCAAUCCACCUGACAGGUGUGGCAUAUCAAGAAGCUAAUUAAAUCACACAGGUGCGCCUUGUGCUGGGGACAAUAAAAGGCCAAUCUAAAAUGUGCAUUUAUUUUUAUUUUUAUUUUUUACAUUUUUAGUCAUUUAGCAGACGCUCUUAUCCAGAGCGACUUACAGGAGCAAUUAGGGUUAAGUGCCUUGCUCAAGGGCACAUCGACAGAUUUUUCACCUAGUCGGCUCUGGGAUUAGAACCAGCGACAUUUCGGUUACUGGCACAACGCUCUUACCCACUAAGCUACCUGCCGCCCACAUACACAAUUCCACAGAUGUCUCAAGUUUUCAGGGAGCGUGAAUUUGGCAUGCUGACUGCAAGAAUGUCCACCAGAGCUGUUGCCAGAGAAUGUAAUGUUAAUUUCUCUACCAUAAGCUGCCUCCAAUGUUGUUUUAGAGAAUUUGGCAGUACAUCCAACUGGCCUCAACCGCAGACCACGUGUAUAGCGUUGUGUGGGCAAGUGGUUUGCUGAUGUCAACGUUGUGAACAGAGUGCCCCAUGGUGGCGGUGGGGUUAUGGUAUGGGCAGGCAUAAGCUACGGACAACGAACACAAUUGCAUUUUAUCGAUGGCAAUUUGAAUGCACAGAAAUACAUACCGUGAUGAGAUCCUGAGGCCCAUUUUUUUUUUUUUUUUUUUUUUUUGCGGGGGGUAUCAGUAGGUAAGACCGAUUUUAGGACACAGCCAUUGACUUUGUUUGGUCUGCUUCAUGUGUGUCUGUAGAUGGCCCGGUUGUUCUACCACAAGCCUCAGUUUGCCAUCCUGGAUGAGUGCACCAGUGCUGUGAGUGUUGAUGUGGAGGACUUCAUCUACAGCCACUGCAGAACGGUACGGACACCACUCCAACCUUUUAGCCUGGACUCUUAGCAUGUACUGCUAUAUGGUACAUUCCGAAAGUAUUCAGACCCCUUCCCAUUUUCCACAUUUUGUUAUGUUACAGCCUUAUUCUAAAAUGGAUGUUUUGUUAAAUUACCCUCAUCAAUCUACACACAGUACCCCAUAAUGACAAAUCGAAAACAGGUUUUUAGAAUUUUUAGCAAAUGUAUAAAAAAUAGGGGUGUAACGAUCCAUCUACUACAUCGAUGUAUCGAUUUAUAUUCCUAUGAUCCAACAACAUCGAUCUGUGCUCGGCGAGUUGGCCUUUUGGACAACAUAUAUCGAUCUAACAUCGUUUUAAAAUGUAAUAAAUCGAUUGUAUCGAUACUAGGAAAUAACCCAUUGGAUUUAAGCACGUCAGACUUUUAUAUGGAUGUUUUUUCUUAGCACUUUUAAUGAUAAAGGCUUUAAACAUUACUCGAUUCAGUCUGCCUAUCCGUGACGUCAUCGCGCCAGCAGCAGCGCAAAGGCGCCAAGACAACAAAAUAAAGCAUGGCGGACAACAGAGGAGAAGCGGACAACAGAGGAGAAGCCGACGAGCGAGAAAUUAUCAAGCCACCAUUGCGGUCCUUACAAGAAACAGGAAUCUAGGAAACUUCACCUGCACUGUCCAGUAUCCAGGUAUUUAUUUCAGUCACACUGGUUGAAUUUUUGGCUAAAAGGUUACUGAAUCGAUUUCAAGUCACUGAAUCGUUUCGGAUCGUAUCGUUCUAAAUGAACCAAUAUCGUCCUUGAAUCGUAUCGACAACCACGAAUCGUGAUACAAAUCGAAUCGUUACACCCCUAAUAAAAAAACAAAAACAGAAAUACCUUAUUUACAUAAGUAUUCAGACCCUUUGCUAUGUGACUCAAAAUUGAGCUCCGGUGCAUCCUGUUUCCAUGGAUCAUCCUUGAGAUGUUUCUACAACUUGAUUGGAGUCCACCUGUGGUAAAUUCAAUUGAUUGGACAUGAUUGGGAAAGGCACACACCUGUCUCUAUAAGGUCCCACAGUUGACAAUGCAUGUCAGAGCAAAAACCAAGUCAUGAGGUCGAAGGAAUUCUCCGUAGAGCUCCGAGACAGGAUUGGGUCAAGGCACAGAUCUGGGAAAGGGUACCAAAAAAUGUCUGCAGCAUUGAAGGUCCCCAAGAACACAGUGGCCUCCAUCAUUCUUAAAUGGAGAAAGUUUGGAACCACCAAUACUCUUCCUAAAUCUGGCCACCUAGCCAAACUGAGCAAUCAGGGGAGAAGGGCCUUGGUCAGGGAGGUGACCAAGAACCUGAUGGUCACUCUGACAGAGCUCCAGAGUUCCUCUGUGGAGAUGGGAGAACCUUCCAGAAGGACAACCAUCUCUGCAGCACUCCACCAAUCAGGCCUUUAUGGUAGAGUGGCCAGACGGAAGCCACUCCUCAGUAAAAGGCACAUGACAGCCCACUUGGGCACCUAAAGACUCUCAGACCAUGAGAAGUUUUUUUUCAGCGGCAGUGAUUGGGAGUCUAGUCAGGAUCGAGGGAAAGAUGAACAGAGCAGAGUGCAGAAAGAUCCUUGAUGAAAACCUGCUCCAGAGCGCUCAGGACCUCAGACUGGGGCAAAGGUUCACCUUCCAACAGGACAAUGACCCUAAGCACACAGCCAAGACAACGCAGGAGUGGCUUCAGGACAAGUCUCUGAAUGUCCUUGAGUGGCCCAGCCAGAGCCCGGACUUGAACCCGAUCGAACAUCUCUGGAGAGACCUGAAAAUAGCUGUGCAGCAACGCUCCCCAUCCAACCUGACAGAGCUUGAGAGGAUCUGCAGAGAAGAAUGGGAAAAACUCCCCAAAUACAGGUGUGUCCAAGCUUGUAGCAUCAGACCCGAGAAGACUCGAGGCUGUAAUCUCUGCCAAAGGUGCUUCAACAAAGUACUUAGUAAAGGGUCUUGAAUACUUAUAUAAAUGUAAUAUUUCUGUUUUUAUUUUCUAUAAAUUUGCAAACAUUUCAAAAACCUGUUUUUGAUUUGUUAUUAUGGGAUAUUGUGUGUAGAUUUAUGAGGGGGGAAUAAACAGUUUUAUCAAUUUUAGAAAAGGCUGUAACGUUACAAAAUGUGGGAAAAGUCAAGGGGUCUGAAUACUUUCCGAAUGCACUGUAUGUCUGAGUGCUUACUUCUAAGUCCAUCUUUUAUAAAUCUCCAGUUUAAUAAAUAAUAAUACACGCUACAUACAAGUUAAGUCUUCAGCAUGGUUCAUCUAGUUCUUUUGGUGUGUAGCUCCAUAUGUGUUCUCUGACUGGUUUGUUUCUAUAGGUUGGCAUCAGUCUGUUCACUGUCUCUCACAGAAAGUCUCUGUGGAAACACCAUGAGGUAAGAUCGCAACCUUUUCUGGAAACACUGGGACGUGGGAAUGUGUGGCUACUGAUGUGUCAAUGUACUGUUGGGAAUGCUCUGGGAGAUUAUUGUGGGAAACUCUUUCUGGCAGUUUCAAAAUAUGUAUAUUUUGUUUAAUUUGUGUCAUGUAAACAAGGGUUUAUUCAAGUUCCCCUGGUGUGGCUGCAACCAUGCACCAUGUACAGAAUGUCCGUUUGGAAAAAACACAAUGUUGCACAUGAUUAAUAAUUCAAGAAGUUUGUAUGGCUGAAAUGAGACUCUUUUUGUUUUUUUUGUAAUUUUCUCCAGUACUACCUUCACAUGGACGGGAGAGGUAACUACGACUUCAAACCCAUCACCGAGGAGACCAUCGAGUUUGGCUCCUAGACGAACACGCGCACCAUCAUUUGUCCUAGAGGAAGGUGUCCACUAAUUCUGCACUUAAAACAAGUUUUGAACUAAACCUAGACUAUUGUUUUUAAUCAAUUGUAACCUCCUUUUUUGUUUGUAUUCAUUUGACAAAGCCGUAUUUAAAAGAUCUUGUUAGUCUGAUCAAGAAAGCAUUUGUCCACGGUGAUUGUAUAUAACUUGCCAUGUAUGGUCCAAACUCAUGCAGAUUAAUGGGCUAAUCCAAUCCAGAUGAAUUAUGUUUGUUAUACAACUGUGAACUGAAUCAUGUUUCGUAACAAUUAAGAUUACUCUUAUCUGAUGAAUUAACACAGGGAGAUGGAGCCUAGGUGAUGGUUUUGUGGUCCUUUAGAUAAGUCACUGAGGGCAGGUAACAGUAUAAUCGGUAUCUUGUCUUUUUCUAAGGUACAUGUAUAAUAUGCAAAUUAAGCUGCUAGUUUCCUCUAUUGUGGUGAAGUCCUUCCAUGUGCUUUCCUAGCCUGGUCCCUGAUCUGUUUGUACUGUCUGGGACCAGGCUAGUCUAUCAAGGCCUUUCCUAGCCUGGUCCCUGAGUCCAGGACCAGGCUAGUCUAUCAAGGCCUUUCCUAGCCUGGUCCCUGAUCUGUUUGUACUGUCUAGGACCAGGCUAGUCUAUCAAGGCCUUUCCUAGCCUGGUCCCUGAUCUGUUUGUACUGUCUGGGACCAGGCUAGUCUAUCAAGGCCUUUCAUUUCCUGGUCCCUGAUCUGUUUGUACUGUCUAGGACCAGGCUAGUCUAUCAAGGCCUUUCAUUUCCUGGUCCCUGAUCUGUUUGUACUGUCUAGGACCAGGCUAGUCUAUCAAGGCCUUUCAUUUCCUGGUCCCUGAUCUGUUUGUACUGUUGCUCUUCCUCGGAUCAGGAUGGUGCAGUGUAAUAGACCCCAGAAGGCUUAUUUCUUUACCACAGCAGUAACUACUACCCAACAGUUGCCUCUUAUCAGUGUAAUAUACUGACUGUAACAAUAUUGUUCGUCCAUUUUAGAAAUGAACUGUAAAGAAACAGGCUCUGUAAAACUCAUAGUUAUAUAGGCGAGGGACUGUAAUAUAGUGACUUGACUCUUUAAGUGCAUGUGCCUGCAAUAAAACUGUACGAACAAUGCAUUUUCAUUAAAACAGAGACUGGA